GUCGUGUGUUUUUAUAAACACACGAAGAAGAAGCAGCCUCCGGAGGACCGGGACGUUCUGAUCGGGAUCAUGUCAGGAGGCAGGUGAUAAAAGGAGAAGUCGGCUGUUCUAUCCCAGCUUAAAGAAGACCCAGGAUAGAAGCUGAGAUAGACCCGUUGAGUUGGGGGGAAUUCGCCGCUACCGAGGAAAAAAAAAAGGAUGAAUGUGCCUCUGUACUCCUGACAAGCAGAACUGGAAUGAUAUCUUGACCUGUUUUUCUGGAAGUGACCAAGUUAGCGAUGAGCGGGGGGAUAUAAUGGCCAAGAACAAGGAUGCGCGCCCCCCGUCAUUCGCCGUCAGUGUGGUUGGCCUCUCGGGGACGGAGAAAGACAAAGGGAACUGUGGCGUUGGCAAGUCCUGCCUAUGCAACCGAUAUAUUCGUCCCAAUGCAGACGGCUACUACUCGGAGCACACCUCGGUGCUGAGCACGAUAGACUUCGGUGGACGUGUGGUUAACAAUGACCACUUCCUGUACUGGGGGGAGGUGUCCCAUCGAGGGGACGAUGGGUUGGACUGUAAAAUACAGGUCAUCGAACAGACGGAGUUCAUCGAUGACCAGACCUUUCUUCCCCAUCGGAGUACGAACCUGCAGCCGUACACCAAACGGGCGGCGGCGACCAAGCUCCAGUCUGCAGAGAAGCUGAUGUACAUCUGCACGGACCAGCUGGGCUUGGAGCAGGACUUUGACCAGAAGCAGAUGCCCGACGGGAAGCUGAGCAUCGACGGCUUUUUGCUCUGCAUAGAUAUCAGCAAGGGCUGCAAUAGGAAGUUUGACGACCAAAUGAAGUUCGUCAACAGCCUCUACUCCCAAAUUGUCAAGUCAAAGAAGCCCAUUGUCGUUGCUGCCACGAAAUGUGACGAGGGCGUAGACCAGCACCUGAGGGACCUGCAGGCCUUCGUCGCCAGUAAGAAGAACCUGCAGCUCAUCGAGACGUCGGCGCGCUCCAACGUCAACGCAGAGCUCUGCUUCAACGCUCUCAUCCAGCAGCUGGACAAAACCAGGGGGAAGCCAAAAACAGUGCCAUACCUGGAGGCGUAUAAAGUGCAACGGCAGCUCGUCGCCUCAGUAACGGACAGAUUUGAGAAAUUGAUAGUGCACAACGUGAGGGAUUACCACACCACGUGGAAAACGGUGAUCAAUAACAUGAAGGGCCAACCCGACUAUGACGAGUUCAUCACCUUGGAGGGCUCCAGGAAAGCACGCAACAUGUUCACAAAGCACAUCGCACAACUGAAGCAGGAGCACAUCAAAAGGAGGAGGGAGGAGUACCUGACGACACUACCGAAAACCCUCAACAACCUCCUCAAUAACCUGGACGAGGUCGAACACCUCUCUUGGCCCGAGGCGCAGAGUGUGAUCCGGAACCGGCCCGAUUUCCAGUACUGGUUUGUGGUUCUGGAACACACGCCGUGGGACGAGACGGACCACAUCGACAUGAGCGACCGCAGGAUACCCUUUGACCUCCUUGACACCCUCGAGGGCGAGAGAAUUUACCAUAACCACGUCCAGCACUUGCUGUCUGAGAAGAGAAGGGUGGAGAUGAAGGACAGGUUCAAGAAGACGCUGGACAGGGUUCACUUCAUCAGUGCAGGGCAGCCUUGGGAGGAAGUCAUGUGCUUUGUCAUGGAGGACGAGGCCUACAAGUACAUCACAGAAUCAGAUAGGAGGGAUGUUUACUGUAGACACCAGCAGGAAAUAGUUGAAAGGGCCAAAGAGGAUUUUCAGGAAAUGCUUUUCGAGCACGCCGAGCUGUUCUACGACUUGGAUCUGAACGCCACUCCCAGCUGUGACAAGAUGAGCGAAAUUCACAGUGUGCUGAAUGAGGAGCCAAGAUACAGAGCACUGCAGAAACUUGCCCCAGAUAGAGAGUCGCUCCUCCUCAAACACAUUGGCUUUGUUUACCAUCCCACCAAGGAGACGUGUCUGAGUGGGCAGAACUGUGUGGAUCUGAAAGUGGAGCAGGUCUUAGCGAACAGGCUGGUGCAGCUCGACCACGGGCGCUCUAAUCUCUACUAUAGCAGUGCCAACAUCGAUAAGAUCAACCUCUGCCUCCUGGGAAGGGAGGGUCUCUCACAGGAACUAGCCAACGAGAUCCGAGCUCAGUCCACAGACGACGAGUACACCCUGGACGGUAAAAUAUACGAGCUGGAGCUUCUUCCCGUGGAUGUCAAUUCCACGCUGCUCUUCAGCCACACGUGGGUCACCACCUUCAAGCCACACGGCUGCUUUUGCGUUUUCAACUCCAUAGAGUCCCUCAACUGUAUCGGAGACUGCAUAGGCAGGAUCAGAGCGGAGAUAGCACAGAGCAGGAGAGACAGGUUUGCUCAGCCGCUACCGUUUAUUCUCAUCCUGGCCAAUCAGAGGGACAGUGUUUGCAAAAACAUCCCCAUCCUGAGGCACCAGGGCCAACAGCUGGCAAACAAGCUGCAGUGCACCUUUGUCGACAUCCCCUCCGGGGCCUUUCCACGUAAAUUCACAGAGUUCCAAAUCAAGCAGGGUCUCCGCGCAGUGCUGGAGGGGCUGAAGCAUAACUUUGAUGUCUUGGCCCCACUGCCCUCAAUCAAAGACAUGUCAGAGACAGACCUCAGGAUAGUCAUGUGCGCCAUGUGCUGGGAUCCUUUUAGCGUCGACCUCAUCCUCUCGCCUUUCCUGGACUCGCAUUGCUGUAGCGCAGGUCAGCCGGGUCAGAGCAACACCCUGAUACUGGACAAGAUCAUCGGGGACAGCAGGAGGAGGAUCCAGGUCACCAUCCUCUCCUACCACACCGCUAUCGGCGUCCGCAAAGACGAGCUGGUGCACGGCUACAUUCUGGUCUACUCUGCAAAACGCAAGGCUUCUAUGGCGACCCUGCGGGCGUUCUUGGCCGAAGUCCAGGACGUGAUCCCCGUCCAGAUGGUGGCCAUUACAGACAGCCAGGCAGACUUCUUUGAGAAUGAUUCCAUCAAGGAGUUGAUGACGGAGGGGGAGCACAUUGCCACGGAGAUCGCCGCCAAGUUCACGGCACUCUACUCGCUGUCGCAGUAUCAUCGGCAGACGGAGGUUUUUACGCCGUUUUUCAACGAGGUGCUGGAGAAGAAGCCGAACAUCGAGAGCUCCUUCCUGUUUGACAGCUCGUCACGCGAGUGCACCACCGGCGCCAGUGAAGACGUCUUCCCCACCUCGCCCCAUAGCCACUCCCCGGCCUACAACCCCUAUUACCCAGAAUCUGAUGACGAUAACGAGGCCCCCCCGCCGUACAGUCCAAUAGGCGAUGACGUUCAGCUUCUCCCCACACCCAGCGAGCGGGCCAAGUACCGCAUCGACCUCGAGGGCAAUGAGUACCCAGUCCAUAGCACGCCUGUGGGGGACCAUGAACGCAACCACAAAGUGCCUCCGCCUGUCCGGCCCAAACCUGUGCUCCCGAAACCCAACGUCAAAAAGCUAGACCCCAACCUGCUGAAAACCAUCGAGGCUGGCAUGCGAAGCAACCGCAGGCUGCAGCGCGGCCCGAUGGCGCACAGCGAGGACUUGGAUGCGUCCGACAACUAUGCAGACCCCGUGGACACCUUGCUCAGGUCCAGGGGCUACCACAACGACGACAUAUACGCCGUCCCCGAUGACGCGCACAGUCGUCUGGUCAAAAUUAGAAACACGUUCGGCGGGUUGCACGGCCUCCAUGGAGGAGGGGAGGAAGAGAACGGAUACGACAGGAAGUCUCACGCCGGACGGCGGGGGUCGAAAUACAAACAUCGAUCUAAAAUCCUGUUCAGCCAUACGAAGGCCUACCAAAGACGAUUCCAAUCCGACAGCGAUGGCGAGGAGUCGGGCCCCGCCACGCAGAAAAAGAAAAAGGGAAGAGCCCACCGGGGCAGCGAGGAGGACCCACUGCUCUCCCCCGCCGACCCCUGGAAGGGCGGGAUAGAUAACCCCGCCAUCACCUCGGACCCCGAACAGGAGGACAAGAAGAUGAAGAAGAAGAAGCCCAAGACGCCAAAGGAACCGAAGAAGGUGAGUGGAUUCCCCCCCAAGCCUCUGUACCCCCCCACCCGGAGAACCUGGGAGAGCAACUAUUUUGGCGUCCCCCUGCAGAACCUGGUGACCCCGGACCGACCCAUCCCACUCUUCAUCGACAAAUGCGUCGACUACAUCGAGCGCACAGGUCUGACGACAGAAGGUCUGUACCGCGUCAGUGGGAACAAGACGGACCAGGACAACAUCCAGAAACAGUUUGAUCAAGAUCACUGUAUCGACUUCGUGGCGAUGGACGUGGCGGUGAACGCCGCUGCCGGAGCGCUGAAGGCUUUCUUCGCCGACCUGCCCGACCCUCUGAUCCCCUACAGUCUGCACCCGGAGCUGGUGGAGGCCGCAAAAAUCGUGGACUACAUCGAGCGUCUGCAGGUCUUGAGGGAGAUCGUGAAGAAGUUUCCUCCCGUCAACUACCAGGUCUUCAAAUUUAUCAUCACACACCUCAACAGAGUGAGCCAGCAAAGCAAGAUGACUCUGAUGACGGCCGACAACCUCUCCAUCUGCUUCUGGCCCACGCUGAUGCGUCCCGACUUCGAGAACAAGGACACGCUGUCCACCACCAAGCUGAACCAGGCCGUCAUCGAGUCCUUCAUCGUGCAGAGCGACUACUUCUUCCACGGCGGCGAGGUGGCCGAGAGCUCCAGCAGCGAGGGCACGCCGCCGCCGCACUGCCACAACAUGGUGGAGGCUCUGCUCCCGCUGCAGCUGCCUCCGCCGCUGCAACCGCAGCAGAUCCAGCACACGCUGCACCCAGACCCGCUCAUCUAACGCCCACGGUGCAUGCUGGGUAAUAAAGAAAAAGGCCUAAGUGGGGGAUGCUUUAACCCCGGAGGAAAAAAAUGAAAUAACCCGGUUGGUGCAGCUGCUGUUGGAGGUGAAGGAGCUCCGGGGGUUUAGACACAUCGACCGUUUGUUGGAUUAAAGUAAUCUGUGAGAUCGGCUCAUCCUGCGUGGUUUAAUCCCGGAUCAGAAUUACAAUCGGACGCCACCUUUUUCUUUAUUUGGAACUAAUUUUUUGGGAUCCGACUGCCCCUUUUUUAAUGAUACGGAGACUGAAGUCGUUGAUGAUGGAACUGUUUGAUUCGGCACAUAAGACAACACUAAUCGUUGAGCAGGGGCCUGACUGGGACUUGGAUAAAGAUCACACUCCUCCCACCUUACCCUCAUGAAAUAGCACACUAAGGGUCCUGAGCAAGCCCACCUUAAAACACUCUAUACCACCUUAAAACCCUCGUCCCACCUUCCUGCUCCGAGACAACAGAAAAGGGAAAAACUCAACCCAACGACUGCAACUCAAAUAUGAAACACGUGACUCAUUAGAUAUCCCACUGACUGGUUCCUGACUCACUGACUGACUUUGUUUUUGACAUUUCAGCAAAAGGAAAACAUUUCUUCUUCUUCUUCUUCUUCUUCUUCUUCUUCUUCUUCUUCUUCUUCUUCUUCUUCUUCUUCUUCUUCUUCUUCUUCUUCUUCUUCUUCUUCUUCUUCUUCUUCUUUUCUGUCGCCCUUUGACCCCAAACCCCGGUCAGUAGGAGGAGGCGACGGGAACGUGAGAAGUUUGCAGAAGUCAGAUAAAACGGCGGAGGCAGAAAUAUAAUACAAUGUGGAUUAUUUUUUAGUCUUGGGGAUGUUUGAGGAGGACACAAGGACACGAUGAAUAAUCCUAAACCCCCACUACAUGAACUUUGACCCCUCUUUAAAGGACAGCACAUGCACGGUUUGUGUCAGAGCUCCCACACGACGAUUUCAUGUCUGUUUUGCGUCGUUUAUCUUUUUUUUUUAUUUCUAAUAUUUUUUUGUAACGUCUGAUUUUUACCCUGUUUGUGUGUGUGUGUGUGUGAUGACGGUGUGUGUGUGUGUGAUGACGAUGUGUAUCUGUGUGAACUGACCUGAGGUCUGUUUUACAGCCAGUUUGUACCUUCCCUGCAGAGGGAAGGGGGGGAUUAAGGAGGGAAUUAAAAACGAGGACAGAUGGAGUCGUAGCGCUCCGUACGAGAGAACCUGGACUGCAGAUCUUCGGCCCGACGUUCUCGUCUCUUGAGAACCUCUGAACUCUCUCUAGUUCUGAAGGGAGGACUCCUCCACAACGGCACACCAGUGAGGAGGAACCAGUGAGGAGGAACCAGUGAGGAGGAACCAGUGAGGAGAAACCAGUGAGGAGGAACCAGUGAGGAGAAACCAGUGAGGAGAAACCACUUUGUCGCGAUGCGUUCAGGGUCCGUUUCGGUUCGUAGGAGGCGUCGUCCUCCUCCCGCUUCUUCAUUUCUGCUUUUGUUCUGUUGGUUUGUUGGAAACUAAAAUUUGCAUGUCUCUGUUUUUUGCCACUUAGUGAGAAAAGAUAAAAAAAUAAGUUUAAAGUUACAAAAAAAAAAUGAAAUGAAACGCUUUGAAACUCUAAAGGAGCUCUUGUUCAGAUUUGCAUCAUUUUAUCAGAAUCUUUUUUUGUUUUUCGGGGUUUAAGGGGAAAAAGUUUUAUUGUUUUCUGUCAUGCAAGAAAUCAACUCUUAAUAUCAUAUUUUUGGUUAUAUUUCAAAUAGUUUUCCCUAAAUAGAGGAAAUAAAUAUAUAUAUAAGUAUAUAUAUAUAUAUAAAUAUAUAUAUAUAAAUUUAUCAGCAGCAGAGGUUGCUGAUGUAGUGAAUACCACGGGGUACUGGACUGUAUAAUCUGUCAGAAGCUAUAAUCAUAUUUCUUUGUCGUUCUGAUGGUGUAACUGAAACCCAUCGUUUUAUUCUGACUGUGUGUGUGUGUGUGUGUGUGUGUGUGUGUGUGUGUGUGUGUGUGU